CCCUUACUGAGCUGGUCUCCAGACUGCCUCCAGUGUGGUUUUGGAAGAACCACCCAGGUCUCUUGUCCUGGGUGACUUCAGCGUGCGUGCUGCGAAUGCCACGAGGCCAGCCCAAGAUUUCUUGGCCUCCAUGGCAGCCAUGGGACUGUCUCAUACCAUAUGGUUAUCUGGCCAAUGCACAGAGCAGAUGUACCCUUGAUCUAGCCCUUGCUCCCAGUAGAGAGAGGGGUGGUCUGGAUAGAGUGGAGUGCCUUACCAUGUUGUUGUGGUGAGACCACUUCCAGGUGAAGUUUGGACUUUUGGUGGCAGUCUUACCUUGUAGCAGUGGGGCACCAAUUCAGAUGGUCCAACCCCAGAGACCAGUGGAACCUCGUAGGUUCCUCAGUGUUGAACAGGGAUAGUCUGGUCAUAGUGAAAACAACCCAGAGCAGAACUAUGCAGUGCUCAACAAUACAGAAAAACACACACAUAUAUAUUUAGAAAAGUGCAAAAAUUUAAAAGUGUCAGGAAUAAUUUUUGCAGUUGAAGUAGGUGAUAUAUUAAACCCAUUGGGAUUUUAGCUGCAUCUCCUUAGCAAACAUGAAAUGAACAGAAUAUAUUGUUUUACAGUUAAUCUCUUGUGUUAUUUUUGUCUGGUUAAUCCUUAUUUGCAUUGAGAUAUAUAUGGGGAUUUUACAUAGUUGGGGAAAACCUUUACGCUUUUCAGAGAUGUGUUUUAAAAAUCUGAAAUUGAUUUGCCUACCAGUUGUGGCAGUUUAACAGGAAAAAAAACAAUUUAAUUGGGUUUUCAGAGAUUUAAAUAAUGAAAGGUCAUUUUCUCCCUUACAAUAAGGACAUUUACCUAAAAUUUAGGAACUAAAGGAACAAAAUACCAUGAUAAAUGAGAAAAGCACCUUUUUGUGUUUCCAUCAUACUGUAAUUAACACAGCACAAUCUUUCCUUUCUCCUUUCCUACAUUUAAAUUUACAAGAAGGAAAUUAUGUAAAAAGAUAGAAGGAAGGGGUCUUGGCAAUUCUUUUUCUAUUUAAAAAAAACUUUUUAUGGGAAGAGGUUGACCUUUUGGUUAAUUUGAGUACCAUAUCCUGCGAAAUGAGGAAGGAAGCUGGAUGGUAUAAAUUAGGAGCCAAUCAAGGUGAUGGGCAUUCAGAUCUGGCUUUUUGCCUCUUGCAAAUUGAGCUGAACCACAAAGGAAAUCUGUGAAGGCAUGAACUCUCUCAGAGCCUUUACUCUUCUGUCCCUGGUGCUCAACCUCGAGAGUGCACAGGGCCAUCUCUCCGAAAGCAGCUGUAAGCGUUUUGCAGACAUCCUGCCUCACAAGCUCCGAGAGUUGCGGGUCACGUUUCAUGAGAUUAGAGAUUAUUUUCAAGCCAAAGAUGAUGAGCUAGAGAUCAUGUUGUUAAAAGAGGAUCUACUGGAAGAUUUCAAGGGGUACUUGGGCUGUCAGUCAGUGGCAGAAAUGAUACAGUUUUAUCUGGAAGUUGUUUUGCCCAACGUAACCACUGGCAGCGCCAUUCAGCGGACUGUAGACUUUCUUGGAGAGAGGCUGCUGGAUCUGAGACAGACAAUCAAGCGCUGUCAUAGGUUCUUCAUCUGUGAAAAGGAGAGCAAAACAAUAAGGAACAUCAAAGAAACCUAUGAAAAGCUGCAAGGCAAAGGCAUCUAUAAAGCAAUGGGAGAGUUUGACAUUUUCAUUAACUACAUUGAAGAAUACCUGGCAAUGAAGAUGAAAAAAUGAAACUUUUUUUCCCACUCAGGACAACUAACUUUUGUAACUGUAACUGGAAUAUAUUUUGCAAAGGUUUUACAAGAAAUCAGUAUUACACAAUACUAUAUAUUUUUAACUUAAACUUAUUUAUUAACACAGAUACCUCAGCUUUUGUCAGUGUUAUACAUUUUUAUAAAGGAAAAGCUAUAACGUAAUUUAUUGACCUGUUUUUGCUUCUCCUUCUCCUUUUUACAUAGCGUGUUUUUGUCCUUUUAGUUUUCUCUUAGCUUAGGAAUGCUCCAAAUUGUAGCAUUCAAGGAAAUGCUUUUUAGGAAGUGAGAAAUUGUGAGAAGUAGAUUCUAAAUCUUUAUUAUGUUUGAGUCAGCAUUUUGGAUUUAAAUGUGAGCACCAUGAUCCAAAGACUUCAAACAGGUUGCUAAUUUCAGCAAGGGGACUGUCUGCUGUACAAUAUUAAGUACAUCUGAGCAUGUCAGUUUCCAUUUCAGGUCAGAUGUUAACAACUGAUACUUUGAAAGUACAGCCACCAGGCUGCUAGCUGAAACCCGUCAUUGGGAACACAUCCCACCAGGGCUUAAAGACCCUCACCAGCUCUUGGUCCACAUCCAAGCACAAUUCAAAGUGUUGGUGUUUACCUUUAAAGCAAGGGUAGCUAACCUGUAGCUUUCCAGAUGUUUUAGACUACAACUCCUACAGCAUGCACAGCAGUCAGAGACAAUGGGAUUUGGAAGCAUUUGGAAGGGUACAGCUUGGCAGCCCCUAUUUGCCCAUGCACUGAGACCUGUUUUGGAGUAUCUCUUCAAGGUGCCCCAACAUUUGAGGCAAGAUGGGUAGCAACUGUAAAGAAAGGUUUCUUGGUUGAGGGCACCCAAGUUACAGAGUUCUCAGCUCAGGGAGGCUAAUUCAUUGCAUAUACCGGCUUUUUAUACUUCCAGAGAUUGGGUGAUUUUUUUUUAAUUAUUUCAGGUUUUUUCAUCACUGAUAUAUUUUUAUUUCUGCUGAAUUGCUUUUAAUGCUGCCUUUGUUUUGUUUUUAAUAAUUCAUUGUUUUUAUUGGACUUUUCACAGUAUUUUGAUGGC